AAUAUGCUUAUAGACGUGAAAUCACAGAGGCUGUUGGUCUUCCAAACAUUCCUGUUCAUCCAAUUGGAUACUAUGAUGCACAAAAUCUCCUGGAGAAAAUGGGUGGGGCAGCGCCGCCAGAUAGCAACUGGAAAGGAAAUCUCCACGUGCCCUACAAUGUUGGACCUGGCUUUAUUGGCAACUUUUCUACAAGAAAAGUCAAGAUGCACAUCCAUUCUAACAACAAAGUGACAAGAAUAUACAAUGUGAUUGGAACUCUCAGAGGAGCAGUAGAACCAGACAGAUAUGUCAUUCUUGGAGGUCACCGUGACUCAUGGGUGUUUGGUGGCAUUGACCCUCAGAGUGGAGCAGCUGUUGUUCAUGAAAUUGUGAGGAGUUUUGGAACACUGAAAAAAGAAGGAUGGAGACCUAGAAGAACAAUUUUGUUUGCAAGCUGGGAUGCAGAAGAAUUUGGUCUUCUUGGUUCUACUGAGUGGGCAGAGGAGAAUUCCAGACUCCUUCAAGAGCGUGGUGUGGCCUAUGUUAAUGCUGAUUCUUCUAUAGAAG